AUGCCAUCGGUGCUGUUGGUGGGAGCCGACAACUUCACGUUACUUGGCAAGCCGCUCCUCGGAAAGGAUCUCGUUCGGGUAGAAGCCACAGUCAUUGAAAAGACAGAAUCAUGGCCAAAAAUCAAUAUGAAAUUUCAGAGAAGGAAAAACUAUAGGAAGAAGAAAGUUAUCGUGAACCCACAGACUGUCCUCCGGGUGAACACCAUUGAGAUCGCUCCGUGUUUGUGUUGAUCGCGAAGCUACUAUUUACAGAGUAUAAAAAUAAACUCCCGUUUUCCGGA